AUGUCUGAUAUCGAAGUUGAAGUUGAAACCGAACAAGUUGUUGCUGAAUCAUCAGUUUCAAUUGAAGACGCUUUGAAGGUUGUCUUGAGAAACUCAUUGGUCCACGAUGGUCUCGCUAGAGGUUUACGUGAAGCUUCAAGAGCUUUGUCCAAGCGUGAAGCUCAACUCUGUGUCCUUUGUGACUCAGUUACUGAGGAGGCUAUCAUUAAGUUGAUUGAAGCUCUCUGUAACGAACCAGAAGAAAAGAUUCCACUUAUCAAGGUUUCUGAUGCCAAGCUUCUCGGUGAAUGGGCUGGUUUAUGCAAAUUGGACCAAGAUGGAAACGCUAGAAAAGUUGUUGGUGCUUCAUGUGUUGUCAUUAAGAACUGGGGACAAGAUUCUGACGAAAGAAACAUUUUGUUGGAAAGUUUUUCUCAAUAG